ACGCGAGGCUGCCAUCUUGCAUCCUCGCAGCCAAUCCCCUUGGCGAGCCCCGCGGCCGGCCGGCGUCUUUCUCAGUCGCAGCCAAUGAGAGCGGGCGCUGGCGACGCCAUGUUGUCUGCGGGCAGCGAAGCCAAGCAGCUGCCGUCUUAGCUCAGGGCCCUCGGGGCUCCGCCUCCGCCAGCUGCGGCUUUGAAAGGCUUCGGUUGCCAGAGCGACUGUGGGUGAGGGCCCCGCCCUUAGCAACGGAGCAGGCGAAGUUCCAGUAGCGAAGGACCCUUCAGUUCUGACCUAGGCUUUAACUUCCGGUGCCCUUUGGCACCCCCCCGGAAGGAAGUGCUGUGGGUUGAAGCGUGGCCCCAGGUAGGGCGUCCCACCCCAUGGCAGCCCGCGGCAGCCCCCCGCCUUCCCCGGGGUGGCCGGAGCCGCGCCGCUCGGCCCGGCUCCUGUUCCAGCGGGUGGCGGCAGCGUUGCCGGCAGCGGCCGACGGCGGGGAGGUGCCGGGGUACCGCUGCGACGAGUGCCAGAAGGACAUCAAGCACCUGUCCAACUUCCAGGAGCACCAGCGCAUCCACACGGGCGAGCGGCCCUUCCAGUGCCAGGUCUGCCGCAAGCGCUUCACCCGCUGCGCCGACCUCAUCAAGCACCGCCUGGUGCACUCGAACCGGCGGCCCCACCGCUGCCGGGCCUGCGGCAAGCGCUUCAAGCUGCCCGGCGACCUGGCCAAGCACAGCAAGGUGCACUCGGCCGAGGCGCCCUUCGCCUGCGAGACGUGCGGCAAGCGCUUCAAGCGCACUUCGUGCCUCAUCAAGCACCUGCGCAUCCACACGGAGGAGAAGCCCUUCCCCUGCCCGCACUGCGGCAAGCGCUUCAAGUGGGAGGCUUCGGUGAAGGAGCACCAGCGCAUCCACUCGGGGGAGAAGCCGUUCGGCUGCGACGCCUGCCCCAAGCGCUUCACCCACUUCUCCACCUUCCUGCAGCACAAGAGGAUGCACCAGAACCGGCGCCAGUUCCGCUGCCAGGACUGCGCCCAGGCCUUCAACCACAAGUCCAAUCUGCUGAAGCACCAGCGCAAGGUCCACGGCUAGCAGGGGUCCCCGCGGCUCCCAGGACGACUCGAGGGCAGUGGGGGUUUUGGGGGGGGGGGGGGG